AUGAAUACAAACCGCCGGAAAACCCGCGAUUACAAUGAUUUCUUCUACCAAACCAUCGAUCAACGCGUGCCGAAGUGGCAGUUGGGCGACAGUCGCAUCGGUUCCAACCCAGGACUGGGAUUCAGACCACGACCUCGUGAGGAGAAUGUGGAGAGUACUCUGAUUUGGUUCAAACAGGGACACAAUGAACACAAUUGGAAGCAUUGGAGCGAUAAUCUGAAUAAGUUUUUGGAGCCCUAUGAAAAGGCCAAUGAGAACAGCGCCGAUAGGGGCGCCCACAUCGACCAGUGCGACAACGACAAGGGCCCCACCGACGAGAAGUUCUGCUAUUUUGAUAUUAAGAAAAUCCACAACAACUGCACCAAAGGCCAGGACUUCGGCUACAAAAGGGGUGAUCCCUGUGUUCUCAUUAAACUGAAUCGAAUAUACAACUGGAAGCCCGAGCCCUACACACAGGACGACUUGGCCACCAAUCAAGGCAUUCCUGAUGUGGUGAGGAGUGGUUACGCCCACAACAGCUCACGAAUUGUGUACAUCACAUGCGAGGGAGAGAACGCGGCGGACAAGGAGAACAUCGGCCCCAUUAACUACUACCCACAGAACGGCAUCGACUUCAAGUACUUCCCGUUCACUAACCAACCCGGAUAUCUGUCGCCAUUUGUGUUCAUCCACUUCUUGAAGCCCACUCCCGGAGUGUUAAUAAACAUUGAGUGUAAGGCUUGGGCUAAGAAUAUCAAACACGACCGGAUGGACAGGGAGGGUAGCGUUCAUUUCGAACUGUUAAUCGACGGCUUUUAGUGUUAAUUAAUAUAUAUAAUUAUAUAAUUUUAGAUUAGGUU